AUGGCCGAUUCCUCCCUUCCCACAACGCUAAACAGCGUCUUCGAUGCGCCUCUUAAGGACCAAUAUGACCCCGUCCGCUUGACCUCGACCAAUAUUGUCCCGAUUCUCGAAUUGCCCCUCGCAAAGCAGCUCCUGGGCCACGAUGCCGCCGAUAGUGAAUCCCUCGCCAAGAUCGCCAAGCUCGAGCUCUCCUACACUGCUUUUGUCGCCUCCCAAGCGCGUGCCGCCCUCCAGAACCCCCGCGAUGAUUUAACGACCGAGCAAACAAAGUCGCAACUCCUGCAUAUCGGUCUCGCGGCCCUUUUCAGCUUCUUACAAUCCAAUGUGACUGGUCCACCGCUUGAAUUCAACUCCGCGGAAACAGUUCUGCCUGCUUCUUUGCGCGGAGAUAUACCCACCCUCCGAGCUGUUCGAGCUAAGAUUAUCCGCGAUCUCUCUAUCGAUGGAGAAGCGGCCUACAAGUUGACGCCAAAUGCGGAGCUAUUCUCCAUCGCAAAGGCCCUUCUGGCUGAUUCUGACAAUGAAGGAGCGGUGGUGGCGAAGACAGCGCGUGUGCGCGUUAACUUGCUUCAUCAAAAGAUGCUUUCGGAGGUUACAAGCACACUGCAAGAUGUGAUCUACAGCGAUGUUGAGGUAUUGUCCAAAUUGGAUCUUACUGCAGAGGAGAAGGGAAAGUUACUCUUGGAGCGGGCUAUUAUCAACACACACCAUGGCUUCGAUGCUAAGGCACGCGCUGAUCUUGAUCAGGCUGCUCGGGUCAGGAACUUCGAGUUUGCGCUGACUGGACAACUGGGAAAGAGGACUAAGUUCCAAGACCGGGAUAUCAGUCAGCUUGUGGUUUUGGCGAAGAGCGCAGAUGAGACAUCUACGAGCGCAGACCCGUCUGGCCCUAAGAAAUUGGAUUUGAAUGAUGAUACCCUGCUCGAAGCCAUUUCGUUUGCUGAUAAGAAGUCUACUACUGUAUCUGAGGAAAUCCCAUCGGCUCUCCAGUCAAUUGAUGCCAAUGAUCAACCUAUUUUGAACCCGGUGGACUCAGCUAUCUUGUUGGCUAUGGCAUCUGCGAUCACCAACACUGCUCCAGAGAACGGUCUUACUCGUGAGGAGACAGCACCUUACGCUACCCGAGUUUUGGAGGGUGGCAGUUCCAAUUGGCAGAUCUAUACCGAGGCCUUGCUAGUCCGUAGUCGUGUGGAGGGUUUCCGCUCACGAACAAUCGAGCGCUCUGUGUUGCAGAUGCAGGCCCUUGUUGAUCAGGUCAUUGCCGAUACAGCGACAGAUGACUCUGCCGCCCAGCAGCCCUCUUCCGACCCCACAACUUUCUUGCCCCGUCCAGAGAAAUCCGAAUCGGCUCCUGCCGCGGACCGAUUGGAGUACAUCUGGCUUAUCAACUUCUCUACUCGAUGGAGCCUUGAAGCCGAGCUGGCUAAGCGCUGGGUUGAGCUUGGUGGUCUCCGGACCGCAUUGGAAAUCUACGAGAGACUCCACAUGUGGGCUGAGGCAGCACUCUGCUAUGCUGCUACUGAGCGUGAACUCAAGGCUAAGAGUAUGGUGCGACGCCAGCUCUACGAGCCUAAGGGUGAUGAUGAAGACGACGAGAAUGAGUUGUUCGAGGGUCCCGAGCGGGAAAUUCUUCCAGCUGAUGCGCCGCGAUUGUUCUGCAUUCUGGGAGACAUCGAUAAGGACGAGAAGAUGUACGAGCGUGGUUGGGAUGUCUCAGGUCAGCGAUAUGCUCGGGCUCAACGAUCUCUGGCCCGCCACUAUCUUAGCAUGACACCUCCCGAGCUGGAGAAGGCCGAGGGUGCCUACCGCAAGAGUUUGAACAUCAACCGUCUCAACCACGGUGCCUGGUUCGCACUUGGCUGUGUCCAACUUGAGCUUAACCGUUGGCAAGAUGCCACUGAUUCCUUCACCCGAACCGUGCAGCUCGAUGAUACUGACGGAGAGGCAUGGAGUAACCUGGCAGCAGCCAUGCUGCGCACAUCUGCACCCGACCAAGAACCCGACGUUCCGGCCGAUGAUAGCGCCGAAGAAAAAGCGGCCAUUGAGAGUGAUCCUUUCAAGCGAAAGCGGGAAGCCCUGUCUGCACUGCAACGUGCAGCCAAUCUGAAGCGCACCGACGCCCGAAUCUGGGAUAACGUGCUAACAGUAGCUGCAUCAAUUCCCCCACCCAACACACCCUUCCGAGAUGUGAUCACUGCGCAGAAGCGUGUUAUCGAGUUACUUGGCGCCAAGAAGGGUGAAAAGUGUGUUGAUCUCCCAAUCCUGGGUAUGUUGGUUGAUUUCCUCACAACCGCAUUCGAAUAUAAUGAUCUCCUUAUCGACUCGGACUCCGGUCCUGUCUUCCGUUCCGGUACCAUCCCAGGUCAGAUGCUUUCCAUGAUUGAUGAUAACGUCGUCCCACUUAUUACCCACUCUUCUGCACUGUGGUUGAUUGUCUCCCGUGUGGAGCUUUUCCGGAACCGUCCCAGCCGUGCCUUGGAUGCUUGCGAGAAGGCCUGGCGAGCUACCAUCGCUGCCUCUGCACAGGGUGCUUUCCAGAUGGGUGAUGAGAAGCCUUGGCUUGAGGUUGUCCGUGCCACUGAGAAGUUGGUUCGUGAUGGAUAUGCCAGAUAUGGCCCCAUGGAUCAUGAAGAUAAGAAGGUGGAAGGUGGCGAGCCUGAGAUGGUUGCAAGUGACUGGCGCUUCAAGGCUAGAAGUGCGGUGCGCGGUAUCCUGGGCAAGGGCAAGGACCUCUGGGAGGAUUCUAAUGGAUGGAAUCGAUUGAAGGAGUUGCAGAAUGAGGUUUCUGGAAAUUAG